UUAAGUGUGUUAAUACAUUGUACAGCUAUGGAUCGUAGGUCGAGGAGCUUCAAAAUACUGACUUUAGCACAACAGCCUACCAGUGUUUUAAACGAGAGACGAAAUGUUGAGAAUGAAAAUUAUUUCAUAGAAGCAACUGAAGUGGAUCUACAAUCGGCUAUUGUAGCACUUACCGAAGAGAUUGAAAUAACAAACCAACUUUUUGAGCAAGAAGGAGCAGGAAAUGAUUUAUCGCCCAGUUUGAUAAAUAACGCAAUACAUGAAACUGAGCAAACAGAAGAUAACCACUUUGUGGCAGAAGAACCGGCUAAUCUUUUAGAGCAAGUGAAAAAUACAGCAAAUUAUACUAGACGUAAAGAUGAAGAGAAAAUGUCACAUAAUCCUGAAGAAGUUGACAACAACAGCACCGAUCCAACGUAUCAGAUGGAUACCUCCGAAGACGAAAAUGAUCCUAAUAUAGCAAAUGUGCGAAAAAGGAAGAAAAAAAGAUUGUCCGAUCCCACUUCUUGGAAAUAUAAUAUAAACAAGAAGAACAGAGAAAAGGGCACUGUGUACAUGGGAAGAAAGGAAAACAAGUUUGAUGUUAUGAAAAAUGAAAGAGCAAUGAAAGAAAGAUGUCAAUGUGUCCAUAAAUUAACAAAAAUGGGCAAUGAAAUGAGUAUUCAGUGUUACAAAUUAACAAAUGAAGAUCGAAAAUCUAUUUUUUUUAAAUUUUGGUAUCUCUCCUGGGCAGAAAAAAAACGGUAUGUAUCUGCAAGAGUCUACAAAAAGAGCACAAAGAGAGCCAGAAAUAGAAAUGAUCCAGAGGUAAGUCAGAGGACAAGUUCGUAUACAUACUUACUUAGAACCACAAAGGAACAAAUUAGAGUAUGCAAGGUGAUGUUUUGUAAUACGUUGGGCGUUUCCAUACGAACAAUUUCAGAAUGGGUAAAAAAUGAAUUAACUAGCCCUGCUAAAAAUGAUCAAGACCAACACACUACAACAAGUGCAGAAAAGAGGCAUGACCGUUUUAAACAAGAGAAAAUAAAAUUAAAAAGAUUUUUAGAUUACCUCCCUAAGCUCGAAUCGCAUUACUGUCGAAAAUCUUCAACAAAAUUAUAUUUAGAGCCAUUGUUUAAAGCAAAAUCAGAAGUUUACGCACUUUAUAGGGAUUGGUGUGUAGAAGAAAAAAUAAAUCCUUUAUGUAGUGCCACAUUCUCCAACACGUUUGAAGAUUUAAAUUUAUCCUUAUUCAUGCCAAAAAAAGACGAAUGUGAUGUCUGCGUAGGCUAUAAGACCAAAAAUGUAGAGGAAACUGUUUACAUGGAACACAUUGCCAAGAAAGAAGAAGCGCGAGCAGCGAAGGCAAAUGAUAAAAAUUCAAAGAAUAGGGUUUUUACAAUGGACCUCCAAUCGGUAUUACUGUGCCCAAGGUCAAACGUGUCGGCUCUGUAUUAUCGCACAAAGCUAAUUGUGCAUAAUUUUACUAUUUUUGAUAUGCACUCUAAAGAUGGGUAUUGUUAUCUUUGGCACGAGGGCGAAGGCGAGCUUGGUGCUAAUUGCUUUGCGUCGAUCAUAAGUAAUUUUUUAAUUAAUGAAGUGAUUCCUCAGCUUGAGCCCACCCAACAAAUAAUAUUAUUCAGUGAUGGCUGUAGCGCCCAAAAUCGUAAUUGCACUUUGAGCAACGCCUUAUUAAACUUGGCGAUCGAGAAACAGGUUUGUAUCAUUCAGAAAUACUUAGAAAAGGGACACACUCAGAUGGAGUGUGACUCCAUGCAUUCAACCAUAGAGCGAAAAUUGAGGAGAAGAACCAUUAACGUGCCGGCUGAUUACGUAUCCUUAUGUAAAUUGGCCAGAAAAAAUCCGAAACCAUACCACGUGAGCUAUUUGGAUCACACAUUCUUUAAAGAUUAUUCUAAACUGAAUUUAAUAAAAUCAAUAAGACCUGGAUAUAAAGUUGGUGACCCUACGGUAAAUAACUUAAGAGCUCUGAAAUAUAAUUCAGAUGGCCAAAUUGAAUUUAAGAUUAAGCAUUCUGAGGAAUAUGAAGUAAUGCCCAUGAGGUUGAAAAAAAAUCUUAAUAAAGGUGUACCAAAUAAUUCUCUACCAGCAUUGUACAGCGAGCCCCUAAAAAUCAAAAAUGAAAAGUUUGAACAUCUCAUGUUUUUGAAAAAGUCUCUCGAAAAGGAUUAUCAUAAUUUUUAUGACAAUUUAAGACAUGAAUAAUACCUACACUUUACUUUUGUUUACAUACUAUUUAACUAUGUUUGUUUAACGAAUUUUGAAUAUUCCAUUCAAACAGCUUUUUAUGCAUUCGAAAUAUAAAUAAAUAUCGUUUUAAAAUGUUUGGUUUUUAUGUGAAAAUGGAAUAAGUCCCAUUUCAUACUGCAUCUGAAAAUGAAAUUUGCAUAACUCCUUUAUUUUUAUAACAAUUAUUUGAAAAUGACUAAAAUCACUACAGGAGAGCACACUAAUAAUAUUUUUUCAUCUUUUAUUGAUAUAAAACAAGUACAUUCUUUUCCCAAAAGAAUUAACCUGUUUUUUCGUUCCCCUGUAAAAUUUGGGUUUUUAGAGAUGUGCAAUUUUCACAUUAGGCCGACGAUAUGGCCGAAUGUUGAGGGCUGCUGAACCACUCUUUGGUUUAAUUUUUUUAGCAUAUCUGGUGUACCCAUCUCUUAAUGUUUUCCAUUUUUUCUGUAUUAACAUGGCUGUAACAACAAAAAAAUAUUUAUUAGUAUAACUGAUUGAUUUAAAAAUAUGUUUUUACAGGUAUUUGGCAACUGGAUGUACAUUUAUGGAUUUGCAAUAUAGUUUUAGAAUAGCAUCAACAACAAUAGGUAAGAUAGUGAGAUGUUUGCAGAAAUAUAUGGAUACAUAUGAAGGAUAUGUGUAUGGAACAACUAACUGAAGAUAAAUGGAAAGACAUAAUAAAUCGUUUCAAACAAACUGCUAAGUUUCCGAACUGCCUCGGUGCCGUUGAUGGCAAACAUAUAAGAAUAAUACAACCCGCGCAAAGUGGAUCGGCAUAUUAUAACUGUAAAAAUUAUUUUUCGAUAAUACUUCUAGCAGUAUGUGAUAGUAAUUAUAAGCCUUAUUAAUAAUCAAAUUUAGUUGCUACUUUCAUACUACUACAAUCCUACUAAAAAAAUUGCAAGGUGUUUAAUGUCAACUAGCGUUAGUAGUUACUUAUUUUAUUUAGUAGUGUGGGGUAUGGUAUGUUUUGUACGCUACUAAAGCGCACAUAACCUAAAACUGCAGUGUAUAGUAACCGCGUUUUAUAUGUAUAUAGACUGUAAAGCUGUAUGUUCAUUAUUAUGGACAACAUUCCCUCUGUAAGCAAUCUAAGUAAGCACUUACAAAUAACGGAUGUAAGUUAAUUGUUU